AUGAAAACUUAGUCUGUAUUUACUUAUUCCCUUCACACAGUCAAAGAUUCCUGUCAUUUUAAAUUUAUUAAGACAAUUCAACAAAAACAUAAACAUUCGUUUAGUGACCUCUUUUCAAAUAAUCCAUUAGAACAGAGCAACAAAUAAAAGAUAAGAAGAAAGAGUUGUUAUUGUAAUGAAUGUGGUAGAAUAAGUACAUUCCAAUACAAAUUUAUGAAUCUCAAACAUCAAUUGCACCAAAAUAGAAAUCAAAGUUAUACUCUACAUUCUUCAAAAGAACAUUUGCCAAACUAAAAUAAAUUCUCUAUUUAGCUUCCAAAUAUUCAACAUAUUCGCAAAAGUUAGAGCUCUUUUCGUAUAAGUAGAAAAUCAUUAUUAAAUGAAAAAUCUGAAGAACAAAGAUCUCCACUCAUGCUAUAUGACUCUUUCAUUUGCAAGAUCUUCAAUUAGUACAACCUAGAAAUUAUUGGAGGAAACUGUUUAGAAAAAUAAAACUUUGAGACCUAGUGUUUUUCAUUCUAAUGA